UCUAUUUUAUAUUAAUGAUAAUAGGCCUAUUGACAUUGCUAUUUAAUGUCAUAUGAUUGUUGAGCUACUGCGCAUGCGCAGAAAAAUCUGACAUUGACAUCAUUGACCACAAAAGAGCGAGAAUGAAACGGAAUGAAAGAAGAGAGAGAGAUUACUUAUUUGUAUUCUCGUAGGAGACCCACGCGUGACAUGGCAUGAUUUUUUAAUAUAUACACACUCGGCCACAACAAACGUGCGUUAAAUAAAAAAAAUGGGAACUGUCAAAAAAUGGUCUACCCGUAGAUUAAAAUGUGCGAGUCAAGCGGAAAUAUUGCGCUGUCAUCAACGAGACGACGAUUUUGUGAAUCAUUUGAAGCAGAAAUUAUCCGAGAUACUGCACAAUUUUGGAAUACACAGACCGUUGUUUCACUAUAUUCAGUCUGAUAUUCCGCUCAAAUUAGUGUAUUUUAUCUUCACGUCGGGGAUGGGAAAUCAAACCCUGGGCGAGGAAUACACCGGCAUUGUACAGGCUAAUCUGGAGGCGCGCAAAGUUCCUACACUAACUGUCAGAGUGUUGGCUGCGAUUUUGGAAUGCCUCGGAGAGAGAAUGGUGCUCAAAUUAUUGGGACAGUGUCAAGCUUACGUGAACAGGCCCCAUAGUGAGCUGACACCAACAGCAAUAACAUUUCUUAAUAACUUCCUGUCCAAACUGCGCACAAUGAUACCUGUAAUUGUGUUAUUCCAUAAAGGAAUAUUUUACAUUUACGGUAGAUAUUACAGCCUGGGUCAAAGAAUUGUUGGAUUAGAUCAUACAAAGGUAUAUGGUCCUCGACCGGUGGAUACCGUCAGCUGGGGAUUAAGACUGUUAGGAAUUGCUACUCUAAUUCAAUGUCUAUUAAGAAUUUGGCAGUGUAGCAAGAUGCAAGAUACUACAAUCACAAGUACAUCUAAUACAAAAUGUAUUAGUCAUAGUUGUCAAUUAUGCCUCGAAACGACAGCAACAACUGCAACAUUAUGUGGUCAUUUGUUUUGUUGGACUUGUCUCAGUGAGUGGUUACGUGUUAAACCACAAUGUCCAUAUUGCAGAGAAUAUGUACCACCAUCAAGAAUUGUACAUGUGAUGAAUCUAUAAUUUUCUGUGAUAGUUGAUUAUAUAUUUCUUGAAUAUGUAUAUAUAUACAAAAAUGUAAAAAGAACUAAUA